GUCUUCAGAAUUGGCCGCCGCUCAGUUCAGUAUCGAAGAAGGAAGCAUGGUGGGAUUUAAGAACAGAUACAUGUUGAUGGAGGUGUUUCUUGAUCCAGACAAGGAUCUUCUCGGAGAAGGAACACCGAUAAUUCUUACACAGUUCAAUCUCUCCAAAGCAAUCAAAGACAGCAUCCUCGUAAAUUUCGGCGAGUGUGGUCUAGGUUCGUCUAUGGGAUCCUUCCAGGUGAAAUACGUGAAUCCAAUCACAAAGCUAUGUAUUGUUAGAUCAUCAAGAGAGGAACACAGACAAGUUUGGUCGGCAAUCACGUUGGUUAAAAGCAUAGGAAACUGUCCGGUGGUCUUAAACUUGCUCGAUAUCAGCGGUUGCAUCAGAGCGUGUAGAGACACGGCCUUGAAGUGCGACAAGGAGAAGUUUGAGCAGUCAAGUAAAAGCUUGUCUGAAGAGGAGACUCGGCAGAUGAACAGUUGUCUCGACAAGAUUAAACUAUUGGAAAACUGAAACUUUUUUUUCUUCGAAUUCGACACCCUAAGUUUUGAAAGUGUACAAUUUUUCCCUUUUAUCUGUAUUGUUCUCUGAAUUCUUCUUAAAUACAAAAGGAUAAGAUGAAUUAA